CAACGACUUUGAUUGCUCAUACGUAACUAUCUUUGUCGAGCCUGAAUUGGCGUACUGACACAUCAAACGAUAACUGACAAGAGGGCGCUCAAUCCCAGCCCAAUCACCAUUAUCACAAACCACCCGCACAAUGCCAGAAGCACCAUAUCGCUCUCUGUGGAGCGUGGCAUUACGUCAACCCCCAUUCAGCAAAUUUACAACAUGCAAGCAAUGCCAAAUAAGCCUUCCUGGGACUUUGCAGAUGCGCGCAUCUUCGUCCAACUCGCGGUGGAAGAUGAGGCAGGGUAAAGAUUUUUUUGCCCGCGAGGCCAAGGUGCAGGGACUCAAAAGUCGGGCCGCGUUCAAGCUCCUGGAGAUGGAUGCCAAGUACAAGUUUUUCCGCAAGGGACAGACGGUAGUGGAUCUGGGGUAUGCUCCAGGGAGUUGGUCACAGGUUGCUGUCGAACGCACAAAGCCCAACGGCCAGAUUCUGGGAAUCGACAUCAUACCCGCGCAGCCGCCUAAGGGCGUCUCGACGAUUCAAGGCAACUUUCUUUCACCCGAUGUCCAGGGUAUGGUGAAAGAUUAUCUCGAGCGAAACAGGCACCGCAAGAGGAUCUCGCCGCCCGCAGAAGAGGACGAAGAAGAAGAGAACGAUGAUGAAGACUCGUCUGAGGAUAGCGAGGCCGCGGUCAUUGAGGAGAAGCCGAGCUACAUCGACAUGGAGAGAGCAGCGUCAGAAACUUCCAGUACCGCCAAGGAUGGAGCGGAGGCCAAGAAGGGUCGAUUGGUGGAUAUUGUGUUGAGUGACAUGUCAGCACCUUGGGACCAGACCAGUGGAUUCGGCGUGAACAGUCUUAGUAAUCCAUAUCAUAGGAUGAUGAACACGAGCGGCAUGGCCUUCCGAGAUCACGCCGGAAGCAUGGACCUCUGCGGAGCGGCACUGCAGUUUGCCAAUGACACGCUCAAGAACGGUGGGCAUUUUGUCUGCAAGUUCUACCAAGGUUCCGAGGACAGAGAGUUCGAAAAGAAGUUGAAAACCUUGUUUGCCAAGGUCUUUCGAGAGAAGCCAGAGUCAUCUCGCAGCGACUCUAAAGAGGCGUACUUUGUCGCACUUAGAAGGAAGGGAAACGUAAGCUUGGAGAGUGACGGUUUGUAACCAACUGUUGAACGUGUACGAGUAUGGAAGUCCAGGGAACUGCCGUGUUACGAUACAGAGGGAGAGCGGAAGAUGAGCGACGGUAGAACUAUCACGGAAUGCGAAUGGGACAACCGGGAGGGUGGAAUCGACCAUCGCUAGCUGCCUAAAGAAGAAAGCCCCAACGGUGUAUUGUAUGUCUUUCCGGAAAGAGAUGAAGGUUGGCAAUUGGUACGGAGUAGUACGUUGCCCGAGUAAUACUUCAUGGUAGUGUAAGCUCAAGUGUCGAUCCCAGAUGGGCCCUAGAACACCAACUUGCCGAUUACUGACUGUCGCGUGCUCGAGUACCUUACUGCAGAACGGCGGCAUAGGGGCC